AUGAGCACUAUUCUGGCAAAAGUUUUUUCUGGUCAAGUGGCCCAUCUCAUGGACAUCAAUGAAAUCAAGUUAUCAAAGGAAGAGAACAUCAGAGCUCUGCAGGUUGCCAUGGAACACUAUUUAGAAAUGGAAGGAGUUGAACUUUCAUUCAUGGAUGAAGAAUCUCUGUGUAAGUCUGCUAUCAGGAGGAGCUUAUUUCUGUUGCUUGGAGUGAUACCUCGGAGUUCCCAACCUGUUCAAGAUGUGGAGUCUUUAUUACAAUGUGCAGAUCAAGUCCUGGAUUUCAGCCUUCCCAAGUCAAACAAACAUCAUCCAGAACCUAUUUCUAUAGCAUUGACCAUGGCCAAGCAUUCAAGUCUUGCUUCCCUCAAAGUUUCAUCAUUAUCAACUCUCACUGAACUUUGUGCCAUCUCUGCUCCUUCCCUAGAUGCCAGUUCUCCUUGCCUCUUUCCAAAGUCCACAUUCCACAUUUCAGGCUCAACAACCCUUCUCUCCCUCUUAUGCUCUAUUGGCUUGAGUACUCUCUUGGGAGCAGCAGAUGUUAGGCAUCUUGUUCAGGCCAAUCUUUUGCAUAACAUCCAGAAGGUCUUGGAAUCAUCUGGACAACUGAAUCUGCGAUGCCCAUCAUUGACAGCGGAACAGCUCAUAGAGAAGCCCUUUGUUGCUCUCAAUCUUAGUGCUAGUCAACUCUAUGCCCAGUUUGCCCUUUGUGCCAGUGCAUUUUCAUCUCAGCUGCCUGAGGAGAUACUUGAAUCUGUGAUGUCAUUCAUGUUCACUGUGAUGAAGAAGCAGUCAUGUCGUGAUCUUCAAAUGGGUGAUUGCCUGGUUGUCUUGAGAGUCCUGAGCACAAAUUCAAGCAUUGCAUCUGUGAUAUCUACACCAGAAUGGCUCCAGACGAUCUUCAAUCUCAUUCAUCCUUCCUUGUCCAUUCGCACACGACUCCUUGCUAUCCAUCUUCUGGAGUCUGUCCUACUCACUGUACAACCUGCAAAGGAUGUGAAGGAGCAAGUUGUAUGUGAGCUGCUGAAAAUCAUUGCCACAAACAUGUGGUCUAUCCCUACCUUUAGUCAUCAAUGCUUCAGAAAGUCAGGUGGAGAGAAGAGUGUGCAUGGGAUUGCAGAAGAGGAGCAAGUGAGUUUACCUGAAGUAGGCUGGGAUGCAGGGAAACUUCUGUGUUGCAGUCUUGAAGAUUCAUCGACUAUUGUCCAUGGCCAGGGUGGCAGAGGAUAUGCUCUUGCUUCCCUCAAAAUCUCCUCUGGAUGCUACCAGUGGAAGAUGAAAAUAAUUAAGGAAAACAAGGGGAAUGAGGGGACAUGCAUAGGAGUGAGCAAACACCCAGUUAGGGAUUCAAGUCAUCGCACUACAUCUGACAUGUGGCUCUACCGUGGAUACAGUGGAAAUCUUUAUCAUGGCGGAGAGCACCGGAGCACACUCCCCUGUUUCACUGAAGGCGACACCAUGCGAGUAAACCUGGACAUGAAUAACAGAACACUCAGCUUUAGCAAGAAUGGUGGGCCCUUCCUCUUGGCCUUUGAGGACAUUGAUGCCCCUGAACUAUAUCCUUGUGUUGUGUUCUACAGUGUCAACCCUGGGGAGAAGGUGAAAAUAGAUGAUGUGAAAGUUCAGGGAGGGGAACCAGAAUAUGUGACAGGGGAACCAAUAUGCUCACCAGAUCCAAUUGCUACUGUCCAGCCACUAGUCAAUCUUCUUCAGAAACUCAAUCGUGUACCCCAGUGGACAGAACAGGUGAAUCAAAGUCUCUUGGAAAGGUUAAAUCUCCUCAAGGAUCUAAUGCCUGAUAGAAAGAUGUCUCCCCUCUCAGAUGAUGAUGGCAAACCAUGUGAUAAUCAAACUAGUCAAGUACUUAUGGAUGCUGCUGUGAUAGACCAGUUAUGCAAAGAGGUGUGGCCUGCUAUAGCUGUGCUGGGAGGAGUGGACUCUGGGUUGCGGGUUGGAGGCCAGUGUUACCACAAGGAAUCAGGUCGCAAGGGUACCAUCCUUGGGGCCACAAAACCUCUCUCAUCCUUCCUCAAGUUGCAGUGGAUUGACAGAGCUAGUGCCAAUUUCACCAUUGUGAGUGCAAGUCAGUUGGAUUUGGAGGAAGAAGACCCCCUGAAUUUAAGUGGCUUUGAGCAUAUGGAUGGACAGGUUCUCAUUGAGUUGGCAAGAUUGGGAGGAUUGUCUCAAGAGUUGCAGGUUUCACCUCUACUGCCUGAUACAGUAACACCUGUGGGAACUCCAACUGCUGUGACCCCUGUUGCACUUCAACCAACAGAAGAUCAGAAGAACGAGCCACAGUCAGUUGAGAAUCUCAGUGAUCGAUUGGUGAAGAGCAUCAUGGGAGAAGUAACUGGAUCCUCCUUGGAUGGAGAUACCCUCUAUGUUCCUCAGAAACCCUUCUCAUUACCUUCUUCAGGCAUCAUUCCUCUCAGUCACAACACCCUUCUCAUGUUGACAAUGGCAACACAAUUGGUAUCUCUCCAAAUAACAUCUUGUAAGGCAUUGGAUGUCUUACUCCAAGGAAGUCCCUUGGCCAAGAUGUUUCUUACAUCUCUCUCUGAUGAAGCUAAAGGUGGUGAUAGUGACAACAAGAGAAGAAAUGAAGAGGCCAAGGAAGAGGGCCCAGAUGAUGAACAGCCUUCCCAUAAUCUGGAAUUGAAGCAUUCAUUGUAUGAGGUGGUGAAUCUCUGUGUUCAGUUAUGUGACUGUCCACUACCAUUGGUACGCAUUGUACCCAAUCGAGAAAUUGAACGUGCCCUCUCCAUGCUUAUAUUCCGAUUGCAUCGGCACUAUCCAAGUGAAGGACCUUUCAUGACUCCAAGGCCUGCCCCUGAGGCUGGACCUCGAUCAAGAAGUCUUACUCCAACACAUGAACGGGUAGAUGUGGACCUGCCACGCACUGUGAGAGCUCAAUCUCUGGAUCUGGAAUACUUAGAAACAGGGGGUGAAGAAAUAUCAGGCCUUGAAGGUGCUGCAGCCUCCCACCCAAAAAUUCCUGCUGCUCUCCUUGAGAUGGGUUUCACUGAACCACAAAUCACAAAUGCCAUUGUUAUGACAGGGAUUGCUGGUGAAAGCAUAUCUGGAAAUGAUGUGAAUAUGUUGGCAACAUGGCUUUUGGAAAACAAGGAUAUUGAUGAAAGCUCUUCUCCCCAGAGCAGUCAACCAAAGUCCAAAAUCAUGCAGUUGCAGAAGCGUCUCUUUACAGAUAUAAGAAAUUUCUUACUGAACCCAAAUACACAUGGAGCAAGUGUAGCCAAGUCAAAGGAGCGGAAACAUGUCCGAGGUGAAGCUCAGCCACUUGUGUGUCCUCAAGCAGAAGAGGAAAUUGAACCUGAUGAAAUCUCAGAGGUGUUGCAAACUAGUACUUGUCCCAUCAUACCAGGAGAUAGACCAGCUCCUUACAAAGUUAUCACAGAGAUUCACCAUGCAGAUAGACGAUUCUGCUUCAUUUGCACUGCUAGAACUAGUCACUUUCUACGUCAUGCAGUCAUUCAGCACCCAGGCUGUGGCACUCAGGUGGACCCUGAUGUUAAGUGUGGCUCCAUUCGAGACCACGGGUACAUUCUGUGCAACUCCUGCCACACAAGAUAUGCUGCUGCUUAUCAAAAACACCCACUUGCUUCAGACAAUGAACUCACUGCAUCUUUGGCACUGACUGAGGGUGAUCUUGGCUUGCACACAUCAUUGUCUGAGGACAAGAAAGAAGAGAAUCUUCUCCCAAGUCUAGGACUGACUGAACGACAUCCUGUUCCUGAUCCAAUAGUAUUGAAAACUUCUGAUCCUUUGGGAGCAUCCCGUGUAAUACCCACUGUUGGUAAGGUGAUGACAGGCUGCAUAGAAGUCGCUUCUCCAGCUGCCAAGUUGGGAGAACAAGCUGCAUUGAUUAAGACUCCAAGGCAACAUCAGAUUGCCUUGUGGCGUCUGGCUCGAGCCCAGCAGAUCCUGGUUUCCCGAAACAUUGUACUGCGUGCUGUGAGCAUUCUGUCAGUUUGCACAUCUCCUGCAACACUAGUGGAAAAUUUGGAUGGAACUGGGAUGGCUGAUGUGCAGAAAUUGGUACGUCUCAUGUGCCUUGUGGCAAGGAGUUACCAGGACAAGAAAGAUAAGGAUACUAGGUCUGAGGAUUCCUUAGAAACUCAGUUGAAGGAUCUCACCAAAGCAAUACAAGCUCUUGUCCAGUUGAGGCCGUCCUCUCUCCCAACAUUAAUGAAUCUCUGUGUUCAGGAACUGACAUCAAUGUCAACUGGUGGGUAUGGCUGGGGUCAUCAGAUUCAGCCUGUUUUCAGUGUCAUUCAGACCCUUUUAGACAGCAUCUCAAAACGAUCAGCUGCACUGAUGAGGAGUUCUCAGGUGAAUGCAGAUGAAUCAAUUUUGAGCCUUGCAAAUGCCCUGUCUGCCUGCAUCCUUUCUAUGAGGGUAGCAGCACCAAAUAAGCAGUGGGCUGCUCAAACCCUCAUUCAGACACUGAAGGCAGGCCGAGAUGUUAGAGAAAAAACAAAUGUUAGUGAUCUUCAAGGUGUGUUGCCAAUGUGUUGUGUGCACAGCUUACAAGGCCAUGAAGAUCGCAUUGAUGCUUGCACUUGGAACCCAAAGAAACGCUUCCUGGCCUCUUCUUCAUCUGAUGGGACAGUCCGCAUUUGGUCCAUCCAGUCCUCAGUUCAGCAUGCCUCACAAGAGCAGAUUGUACUCGACUCAAGUGAUGGAGUCAGUGAAAUUUGCUGGAGCCCCAGUGGGAAGUUCUUGGCUGCAAUCCAGCAAGGCAAUGCUCUUUGUUGGUAUUUCCCUGGUGGCAACACCAUCCAGGUCCAUCUGAGGGAAUGGGUAUCUGCAAUAUGCUGGCCACAAAGGGGAUCUGAUGUUCUCUUAAUUGGCUUCCGCAAUGGUACUCUGGGUACAGCUGUUUUUAACCAGAUAGAGUGCUCUGUGGACUUGCUCUCCCACAUUACCAUGUUAUCUGCAUACAGUUCUGUGACAUGCCUCUCAUGGCUUGAAUUUGAUUCUCAAUUUGCUGCAGGACUCUCAGAUGGAACAGUGAUAGUUGCUAUGACUUCUUUGAAUGCAGAACCCUUUGCUCUCCAAGCCCAUGCAGGGAAGGUGGUGAAUGUCCAAUGGUCUCCAGAUAAUACACUCUUGCUAUCCAUUGGGGAACAGUAUUGUUUUAUCUGGAAGAUGGAAGAAAGAGAAAGUCCCACCAGCAAGCUGCGAUUGGAAAUUAUCCACCAGUUUCCAUCUUCACCAACUGCAGGAAUGUGGUCCCCUGUGCAAGGACAACAAGGGAAGUUUCUUUUGGCACUUGGAUAUGCCACAGGUAUUAUAGAGAUCUAUAUGAUCUAUCCCAAGAAUAACAUCACAGCCCUUCUGUAUGAUCUCAGGGGACACCUGUAUCCAGUGACUCACCUUGCAUGGAGUGACUCCAGUCUCCUGCUUGCCUCAGGAGCAAGACAAGGAUUCAAUGGAGUAAUCAAUAUAUGGAACAUGCACUCAGGUGCACUUGUUCAAACUUUCCCAGGGCCAGGAGGAUCACAGAGCCUCACAUUUCUGAAAGGCCUGGGUUUUGUCUUUUCCUGCAGUAGAUCCAAAGACAUUUCUUGUGCUGUCAACUUGGAGCAGCAUGUGAGCAAGUGUCAUGUACUAGCUGUUGCAAGACAGGAGCUGCUGUUACGUGGGCUCACAAACCUCUGGGAUGCACCGUAUCUCUGUCACUUAUUCAUGCAUUUAGCCAGCAUGCUCUUGGACCAAUUCCUCACUGAGAAGCCAUCUGUAUUGAAAGGAGAUAAUCUUCUGCAUUCUAUGUACAUGCAGAGCUUAGCAUCGCUGGUCCUAUCAUUCAAAUUGGAUCAAGUUCUCUGCUAUCACCCUUCACCACCUCAGGUAAUGAAAAAAUUAUCAAAUGAGUGGCUUUGGCUUCAUAAUUUCUGCAUGGUGAUGCGAACAGCUGCUGCCAUCAGUAACAGGGCUCAGUUGCCUGAUUCCUUCCUUCUUGUUUUGAGGGACUCUGGAAUCAUCACUGAGGAAGAUCAACCUUCCAUGACAGAGUUUACUCUCACACAAGAUGCUGAAAUCAUAUCAUGGGCAGCUAGUCAACCUCAGGACUGGCAGCUGGGAGGGCGAUGUAUUGCCUAUCUCUGGGGCAUGGGAAGACAUGGUCAGCUUGCAGAAGCUGGGAAGAUAGUCAUGGUCCCAAAAGUUGUGGAAAGUAUGUCCUGUGCUCUGCAGAUAAUUUGUGGGAACAAUUGCACCUUCUUGGUUCAACAGAAUGGAUCUGUACUGUCAUGUGGAGAAGGCAGUUAUGGGAGGCUGGGACAGGGGAACUCAGAUGACUUGUAUGUCCCUACCAUCAUUACUGCCUUACAGGGGUACAUCAUUGUCCAGGUGGCAACAUCUGUCAGCUGUGAUGCACACACUCUUGCUUUGACUGACACUGGAGAAGUAUUUAGUUGGGGUGAUGGAGAUUAUGGGAAGCUAGGUCAUGGAAAUUCUGAUCGUCAGAGGAGACCACGGCUUAUUGAGGCUCUCCAAGGACAAGAAGUCAUACAAGUUGCUUGUGGGUACAAGCACAGUGCCGUUGUGACUUCAGAUGGCAAACUCUACACAUUUGGAAAUGGAGAUUAUGGGCGACUUGGCCUUGGAACCACUGCAAACAAGAAGGUGCCUGAGAAGGUAUCUGAACUUGAGGACUAUAAAGUCAGUUAUGUCUCUUGUGGACUGAAUCAUACUGUUUGCAUCGCUGAUGAUGGUGCUCACACAUUUGCAUUUGGAGAUGGAGACUAUGGGAAACUCGGCUUGGGUAAUUCAGCAUCAAAGCUUCAUCCUCAAAAAGUUCUUGCUCUUGAAGGUAUGGGAGUGAAAAAAGUUGUCUGUGGAACUCAAUGCACCAUAUUCCUCACCCAAACAGGACUAAUUUAUUCAUGUGGCAUGGAGAAAAUGAUUGGACAGCCCCAGCAUCGUUCUGCUGCAUAUCACACACCACAGCUGAUUGAAUCUCUGGCUGACAUGUGCAUGAUGGAUAUUGCUGUGGGUGCAGAACAUACUCUGGCAUUGAGAAAUAAUGGCGAUGUCUAUGGAUGGGGUGUAAACAGUGAGGGUCUUCUAGGACUUGGGCACACACUUCCUGUUUUGGAACCAGUCCUCAUUCCAGAACUUCAGGGCAAGAAGAUCCGACAGAUAUCGUGUGGACGAAAGCACAAUGCAGCAUGGACAGCUCCUCCAUUGGUAAGACAAAAUGCAAUGAGUCAAUCAACCUCACCACCAGGUUCUACUGCACCCUUCAUGAUGGAAUCAUUUGGCCUCCCAAAUUGUAUACCCAACCACUACCCACACUUACAAGAAGUCCCAUUGCCUAAGAUACGCCAUCGUCUCCGCUUGCUUCACCGUUUCUCUGAGAUCUUUUAUGGUUCAUGGAGGCUUCUUCCUCUGCUGAAUUCUGUGUGUGAAGAUGCCUGUGGUAGCAUUGGCCUCAAGAAGGGCAUCAUUCAACCUCUGUUGAAUCCUCGUAUCUAUUCUCUUCCCCUCAUUCGCUGCAUCAGUGGCACCAUGAUCCAGGGCCGCAAUUAUGGUCCCACUGUCAUAAUUCGACGCCUUGCACCAGCUGGAAAAUCUCCCAAGCCAAUUUUCGUACAAGUGGCAGAUCAGGUUUUGAAAAUGAAGCCCUCAGACCUUCGACUCCCAUCACGGUCCUGGAAGGUGAAACUGGUUGGGGAAGGUGCAGAUGAUGCUGGAGGAGUGUUUGAUGAUACCAUUACUGAGAUGUGCGUGGAGCUCAUGUCAGGAACAGUGCCACUCUUCAUCCCAACUCCUAAUUCAAGGAAUGAGGUGGGAUUCAAUAGAGAUGCAUUUUUAUUCAACCCAACACUGACUGCUCCUCAUUACCUUGAGUGCUUUCACUUUCUUGGAAUCUUGUUUGGAGUUGCCAUUCGGACACGAAAGCCAUUGGACAUUAACCUUGCCCCAAUCGUCUGGAAGUUGAUGGCAGGGAUUGAGCCCACAGAACAGGACUUGGAAGACGUUGAUUGCCUCUAUAUUCAGAGUCUUAGGGCAGUCAGAGAUGCUCACUUAUCUGGAAUCAGUCCACGAGAGUUUCAUGAUGUCUUACCCACAGAAAACUUCCUUGGUGUGAAUCUAGUUGGUGAAUACAUCCCAGUUGUCUCAGGAGGCUCCAGUGUACCUCUCACAUUUUCUAACAGAAUGGAGUACUAUAGGGCUGCCAUCAGGUAUCGGAUGACCGAGAUGAAUCGUCAGAUUGCAGCUGUUCAAGAGGGCAUAUCCUGGAUUGUUCCCAUCCCCUUACUCCAACUUUGCCCUCCAGGGCACUUUGAGAGAUUAGUUUGUGGCUUGCCUGAUGUUCCAGUGGCUAUUUUGAAGAAGAUGGCACGCUAUCGAGACCUGGAAGAAGACUGCUCUUUAAUUCAAUGGCUAUGGUCUGCUCUGGAAAGCUUCACUCAUGGCGAGCGUGUCCUGUUCCUGAGGUUCGUUUCUGGGCGCUCUCGCUUGCCUGCAUCCCCUGCAGAUUCCUCCAUUCAGCGGCUCCAAAUCAUCCCAGUGGACAGACCAGUUGAUUCCUUGCCCACAGCACAAACCUGCUUUUCACAGCUCAGGCUUCCUCAAUACUCAUCAGCAGCUAUGUUGACCCAGAAACUUCGAUAUGCAAUCUAUCAUUGCCAUACCAUUGACAUGGACAAUUACAUGUUGAUCCGAAAUGCAGACUGGCUCUCUGAUGAAGAGGACUGA